AUGAUUAAAUGUUAUUCCUGCAAUGAUUAUGAUAUUGACAUAAUGACUUCUAUUGAUGAUUCAAAGCGUUCAUUAGUGGUUAUGGCUGAUUCAAGAGUUCGCAAGAAUGCAACAGAACCAAUCAAUACAUACUCAUUCAUUCGUGGAAGUUAUGAUUCAACAUUAACUAGAACAGUGAAUGAUAUAUUAAAUGAUUUGAAUAUUAAGGUAAGAGUUGAACAGAAGAAUGAAGAAAUAAAGAGUAUAAUGAAUGAAAACAAAGAUGUAAACAUUGACGAUAAACUUGCCCAGAGCAUAGUUGAUGGCAUCUGUGAUUUUGAAGUACAUAAUGAUGGUGGAAACAUGAAUUUAGAAAAAGAAGUUACAUUAUUCACACUGUUUCAAGCAAUUAAUUCGUUACCGGAUCAUUUAAUUAAUGAAGCAUACGAUAACGUUUAUAAUUUCUGCAGCUUAACAGAAAAUGCAAAAAGUAAUUUUGAAAAAGCACGUAGUAGAUAUGCACAUUUAAUGACUUCUCCAUUUGUUUUAGUGAAGAUUCUAAAACUAUAUCAAAAGGAAUAUUAUGAUGAAUAUGUUUUACCUUUAUUACGUAAGCCAAAAAUAACAUUUGAUAUAAAACUUGAUGACUCGUUUUUGAUAACAGAUAUUAGACGCAGGGCUGAAAAUCAUCAGUAUAAAAACAGUUCUGAAGUAAUUGAGGAUUUAUCACGUGUAAUCCGUUUUGUAGAUUGUGGAAAUAAAUAUUUCAUUCAAAAGGACUAUAAUAUCCACGACAAAAUGAAUCAAAUAUCAUUCGUUCUUCAAUCAAACAUGAAAGAGUCACUCAAAAUGAUUAAAUUAUUUAAAGAAGAAGGUAAAACCAUAACAGCAUGGGACGUACUAUUAAAUCAAUUAUCCUCAUUAACCGUUAAGGGUGUUUGCUUUAAAUCUGAUUCCCCAGAUGUUUUCUCAAC